AUGUGUCGUCAAGUGAUAGUCUCAGUCAGUCAGUCAGUCAGUCAGUUGGUUGGUUGGUUGGUUUUCCGGGGCGAGGAGGGGGCGGACGAGGAGGGAGGAGCGUGGGUCCACGCUGGCCCCAUCGCUGCGCUUAGCCUGCCUGCCUGCCUUGCUGCUGCUGCUGCUGCUACUGCUGCGCUCUUCAAUCGCACUCGGCCACGCCCUUUCUCGACUACUCGGACACCCGUGCUCGGAUCCCCUCCCCCGUCUUCUCCUCCUCCCCCCUUGCUGCUCUUGUUCCCGUUGCUGCUCUUCCCCUCUUCAACUCGUCUCGUCCGUCCCUUCCCUAUCUCUCUCUCCCUCUACGCCUCUCAUCCAUACAUCUUCCGGGAUCACAUUCGCUAG